UGAAAUGAAUGUUGUUUCUUACUUCGCACGAUUUCGCGCGUUAAAUGUAAAUCGACGUGAUUGUUCGUUGUGCGACAAAGAUCGGUAUUCGGUGAAAACCCCCAAGCGAACGGGUGUCAAUGACAACAAGGAGAUUCCACGAUCCAUACGGUUGUAAACACAAAAGUCAAAAGCGACGUUCAACUUGUAUAAAAAAGAGCCGAUCCUUGAUCGAUAAUUGACGAUCCCGAUUGCGCACCCGAUGCAAUUGACUCGUGUUGCGAGAGAAGAGUGACUCAAAAGACGAGAAUUUAUUCAGCUUUAACAGUUAUAUCGAGCCCGUAAUUACGGGAGUCGAGACAAUAAUAAAACGUCACGCGCUAAUUAUUUCCGUCGACGCGAACGACACGCUACCGAGUUUGUGAAUGAAAAAGAAGAUCGUAUAUACGUGCGCGUAUAUGUGCGUGCUUGUUGUUAAUGAAAAAACGAGAUUGUGUGCGCGUGUUUAUACUUGGAAGUGUUGCGUUAUCUGACGAGUCUUCGGAUAAACGCGAUUAGUCAUCAGUUAGCGGAUUAUGACACUGCGAGUUAGUCACUGAUAAUUCGUUUUCGGCGAUUGUGCACGAUCGCAUCGCGCUCGUUUUGUUUUUCAUAUUUUUGUUCGAUCGUCCGUCGUCUUCGUACGAUUGUUAUAAGAUGGUAAGAGUAAGCGAAAUACGUUCCGCCAACGAAGGUUUACUGAUGCGUAGCAGAUGCGCGAAUGGCAGUUUGGAUAGUAUAGAUAGAUAUUCCGAACAUAGUUUCUACGGGAUUGAUACGAGGGAACGUAGCUGCAGGAACAUGUGUAACGAUUGUAUGGCCAGAGUGCCAUACGCAACUCUCAUAGCAACAAUCAUGUGUUGCUUGGGAGUUGGCAUUUUUUGUGGAACAAUGUACAGAGGAGCAACAUUGUGUGCUCUUAUGAUGGACCAGGUGUUCCACUUACAUCUCGGAUGGUUGGAAGCUGUGCAACUUGUGUUCGCAUCAAUUGGUGCUUGUAUGGCAGCUUUGGGAUUUAUGAUUCUUUGUGUUGGUUGCCUCGCAACCGGUGCCACAAGACACAAAGUCUAUCGAGCUUGGAGAUCCAGAGUAGGUGGACGUAUCUCCUGUGCUGUUUUUAUGACUAUCAUCUACAUUCUGCAAAUAGCUUGGCUUCUGAUAUUUGCAUUUUUAGUUAUCACAACACUGAUAUUCACAAUAUUCUGGGGUUUGUGCAACAACCCGCGUGUUCAGUCUCUCGACGAGUGCAUUGAUUUCACUCAGUUCGGUUUCUUGUUUCCAAACAACACGCGAGUGCAAGAUAUGCAGGUAUGCGGAGCUCAGGAGGUCAAGCUCUUUUGCAAGGACUUUGUCGAAAAGGCCGAGGUGAUGUUUAUCUUGGCAACCGCGGCUGCCAUGCUGGUCAUUCUGAGUUUGAUACACUACCUGAUGUGCUUGUCUGCCAAUUACGCGCACAUACGGGAUCACGAGAAGUUCCAGGAUCUGCAGGAGUUGCAGUAUAUACAGGUCGCGGCCGAUCCGGACUCACCCCAGCCGGGGAUGGGCACUUUGGGCUCCUCCCGCGGCAAAGACAGAUUCUAGGAUACGGCCCGCGAGAUCUUCACUCUGAAUCCUUUGUAAGGAGCCUACUUACCAGGAAUAUGUAGGAAAUCCUUAUGCUCGAUUGGAAAUUUCUUCCGAGUACAAUAGACUCUUGAUACAAGUUAGUCUACUGUGCGCAAUAAGUGAAACAUGGAAGGUGAUCGAACUAGUGCAGGUAAAAAUAUGUGUGAGUAGGAGGAGUAACUUAUUCGGUGGAUCUAUAUUCUGUAACUUGUAACGUACGAGUUACGAAUCUUUGUCUUCAGACAAAAUGUUUUGCAACGUACGUACAUUAACGAUCACGAAUUUAUCGUUACAAGUUACAAGUAUAAGGAAGCUGGACUAACUUACAUCGAGGGUUUAUUUUCCUCUCUUCUCUGUGUACCUUGAACUCGGUAUUCUGCUAGUUUACCGAUAUGAGGAUCUUGCGGGAACCAACUCUAUGCCGUCCAUUUUAUCUGCGACUGUCAUGCGUAAGCAUUUACUUUAUUUUAUAUAUAAAGGAGAUUUAUUACGGUGUACCAUUUCAUUUGUCGCGCAACAAAUAGAACAUACCAAUUGGCUGCCGGUCGGAUAUGGUCUUUUUUGUGGUAACAUUUGUUGUAUAUGUUUCGCGUACCUGCAUAUGUAAUGUAUAACUCUCCAGCCUAUCUGUGUCAAUAAAGACAUUGUAGUUGUUUGCGGCCAUAUGAUUGAAAGACUGUAUCUCGUAGAAACUAAGUAUCAAUUAGAAUACGGAUAAUAUAUAUAAAUUCCCUUUCACUAUUUAUCGGCCAUCCGAAGACGAUGGCUUUAUAAAAUCGAAAUCUUAGUUUUUAUUAUGUAAACAAAUCUAACAACUACGCGACGAAAGUUCUCUGUUUGUGUAUUUGUCGGCAACCAAUCGGUACGUUUCGUACGUCGUAUAAAUGAAAUGGUAAUUUUAGAGUAGAACAUAUAUAUAUUAUAUAUAUAUAUAUAUAUAUAUGAAGUGACCCGUGUCUCUGCUAUAAUCCGAGACUGAUAAUCAAAAGAUCAUGAAUCCGAUUGAGGGUCGUUCCUUUUCUAUCAGGCAGUGUCGAAGUUACAACUUUAUGUGUUAAAGACGUUUACGCCACUGCCUAUACGCUGGCAACUCCACUGCUGUUACUUCACCACGGAAUUUUUCCCUAAGAAUAAAAAUGUGUUCAGGCGCUUCUGUGGUUCGUACUAUUCGCUUUAAAAGUUGUAGACGUCUUUAACGCGCUCGUGAAGAUUUUAAAAGCUCGCUUUUCGAGCUUGGACUUGAAUAUUUAAGAUUGUCCACAUAUCUCGCGUCUGUUUCUUCGUUCGUUUCUUAUUUGAGUUGACAUUUUGAUUAUCGAGCAAGAAUUAGCACACUGUCUGUUCCCAGAUACAAUAAUUUUCUGUUAUUUUUCACUUUUACAUGUCGGCUCAUACGUAAGAUUUUUUUUUUUUCACAGUGAUUUAAAUCCGUAAAUUUGCAAACUUUUUUUGUGAUCUCGGACGUAUGUAAGUUAUGUUUAGAUGACAUUUUGUAAACUCUUGCGCACAUAGCUACAAAUACGUGAAAUCCUGACGUGUACGUGGUUUAAACGCACACAGAAUGCAGCGCACAAAGAAUUUUUUGUUUUUUUUAAUUUUGUUUUUUAUUUUGUUUUUCCGAUAUUACCGCCUAACGAGAUUCAACAACGAUUUAAAAUCGUCACCGGUCUAAUAGUUUUCGGUAUUAGGUACUAAUUGUUCUUGAACUUGUACGUGUACGUACAAACGGUAUUCUAAAUGUCUUCAGUACUGAGAUUUUUUUACAAGGUAUUUUUUAUACAUAUACAUAUAUGUUUACAUACCGAACAAAGCAUAUGUAUAUUUUCGUUACAUUCCGAAUAUUUAGAGUAUGUUGGAAAAAUGUGUGGGAGCUAAAAUCGCGAACGUUAACAAAAAGAAUAAUUAUUACUAACAUUGUUUAUAUAACAUUGUAAUUAGGAGAGUAAUUCAUAUUUGUUCUAAACGUUGUUGUUGCGAAUUAAAGUUGCGUUGAAUAAUUUUUUUCCAACAUAUUCGAUAUAUUUAUGUCACUUGUGCAAUUAUACAUAGGAAGCUCAGUUUUUUAUAAUUAAAUAAGAAAUUUGUCCUGAAAAUUAAGUGUGACAAAACAAAAAAAAAAAAACGUAAAAAUGUGCACGCGGAAGAAUAUAUAUCUCUAGAUUGAUAGAUUCUGAUAAGAAAUCAAAAUCUCUCUGCUACCUGUGCAUGUGUAUAUCGACUCUUGUUGUGAAAAAAGCACAAACACAAAUAAAAAAAAUUUAUAUUUUUCCGAAUAAAAGAAUUUCUAUUAAAUGUAUAAAAAGAAAAGAUUGAAUUCUUCUAUGCACGUUAGUUGUGCCAAAAAUUGAAAGAAGAAAAGACUUUGGCUCUGAACAAUCGCGAGUUCUUCGAGAACUUCUUGUUUAUAUGUUAUUACUUGCUCAAAUCUUUAUACAAUUAAAUUUUCGUGAAAUGUGCAGGCAAUAAUUCUCGUGUUUUUUUUGUGAAUAAUUUGU